AUGGCAAACCAAAUAACAGAGGCCUCGCUAAAGCAGGCUCUCACCGAGCGUCUGCAGGCAAUUCACGUCGAGAUCUCGGAUAUGUCAGGUACGUCUUCGCUCGUCGCCAGCAUGCACUCCUUCAACCGAAAACCCCCCCACGUCAUGCCCCGCCAUGUUAGAAAUCAAUGUACUCGCCCGCGCAUCGUCUGUCGCGCCCAGCACACCUCACCUACCCAUGCGAAACCACCAUUAUGCGACAUUCUGGGCUUCCUCCUAACUAAAACAUUCUAUCAAACAGGCGGCUGCGGACAAGCCUUCACCUCGACAAUCGUCUCCCCCGCCUUCGAGAAACAAACCUCCCUGAAGCGCCACCGCCUCGUUAACGCCGCCCUCAAGGACGAGAUCGCCCAGAUCCACGCCUGGAGCGCAAAGUGCCAGACGCCCGCCGAGUGGGAGCGCGAUAGAGCCGCCGCCGGCGGAGGCAGCGACGGCCCGCCGAUGGACGGGACUGUCGGCGGCAGGGUGGAGGGUGUUGCGCAGUGA